AUGGCUGGUGCGCGCGACAGUCCCAAACUCAAUAUGGAGCACGGCUUCAUACAAACCAUUAUUAAAAACCAAGUUGAUCGAGACGAGUAUGACAAGGAGCAGAAAGCUAUAAGUCUGCAGAAGAAGAUAAGCGGGCAAUCGCGACCAAAGAAGAGAGCGCCUUUACAGAUGUAUGUACCGCCUCAUUUGAGGGCGAAAGCGGUCGACGUCAAAAACAAACAAGAAAGUGAAUCUUCGUCUAAAGGUAAGAAACACAUUUUUUGUUACAUAAAAGAGCCUAUGCGUGAGAUUGAUACUGAUAUGUACAGCUGUAGAACACUCAGGCUAGUUGUGAGCUCGGACUCCACGGAGCAGGACCGGAAAAAUGCAUGACAAGUUUUAUAAGCUAAUAGUAUGGCGGGAAAUAUAGUGUUUCACCCGCUUCCUAUCAUCUUACAUGAUUACGGGCUCUAUGAACGCAACGUUUGUUGAGUUCUCCUUGCUUAUUGAAACUGUGGAAUUUAUAAUGAUUUUGAUACGUCGAUGUUUGUGUCAAUGGAUGGGUCGGUAAACAAUAGAAAGGGUAAGACUGUCAAAGGUCUUGAAAAUGCCAUAAAAAAUUAAGCCCCUUUUGCAGUCUCAGGAGACUAAUGUAAUGCUUGUUUCUGAUUUGCUUAACCCAUGGGUGGAUCCAGAGUAGUUCAAGUGAUUUGCACAAAUCACUCGAAUUUUUUCCAAAUCUUAUUUCUCAGCUCUUUAUUGCUGUUGACGAAAUCAAUUAUCCUCCUUGUUUUAUUGUUUAUUAUGAAAUUAAUAAAACAACUGAGAGAUUAUUCUGUCGAUCACACAGCAAACCCAGCCCCUCCCGAGCGAAGUGGACGAGUCACCGUUCGCGCGGUUUCGUCCUUUGUUGAUCUUUUGAGAACCACGCGAAAAAAAAUUCGCAGGCACGACCGGACAAAGUUUCUACCUAGAGGGUAGGGACUGGAGGCAUGGAUCUUUUAACAAAUCACUCAAAACCCACUUCGAUUGGUCAGAAUCACUUGCAUUGUCUUGCGAACUACUCAAACACGAUUGUGAUUGGCUAUUCAGGUCGCAAACUACCAUGCAAACUACUGACAAUCAUAUAUAAAGAGAAGCCUCUCCCUCAGAAGUCCCUUCCUUCUUGUUGAAUUUGUAAAAUCACUUCGCGAAGACAAGAAUAAUUUGAUUUAUAAACCAUGCAUGGUUCGAGGCAAUCCAGUUUGUCGGAAGGAGGACUGUUCUCAGUAUGAUAUUGGCUUGGUUUUCAAGGAAAUCAGCUCAUAUUCGGACCAGGAUAAGCUCAAGUUCAUAGAGAAUGCGUGGAAACCAGGUGAGCUAUUUGAUUUCCCAUUGUCAGUGGAAUGUUCGAAUUCUAAGCGUCACUUUGUGUGGGGCUGGCUGAAAAGAUUUCCCUGGCUAGCAUACUCAAAAUUUCUCGAUAGUGCAUUUUGUUUACCGUGUGUUUUGUUUGGAGUCCAGUGUGGGAGGAAUUCGAAUAAACUUGACAAAUUGUGAUACAGAAACCUUCAAUGCACGAAUUUCUAUUCAUGUCACCCACCAGGCGUCACGUAAGGCUUUAUAAAAGGAGAAGCGUUAAGGCUUCUGAGAACAAAUUCCUCUCAAUUUACUUUUGAGGAAAACAUGAGUAAUUUCAAAACACGCCUGCAGAAUAGAGAUUACCCAGCUAGAAUUGUAGAAAACACCUUUCAGAGAUUAAAUUCUCUGAUAGAGAAAUGUCGCUAGCGCAGAAAAACAAAACCGCACCUAAGAAAAUACUGCCCUUUGUAACACAAUACCAUCCGUCUUUGCCUAACCUAAAGGACACACUUAUGAUAGAAAAUCAACCGCAACUGAGAGAAAUCUUUAAGGAGCCCCCAUCUUCUCAUACCGUAAGGGAAAAUCCCUAAAGGACAUCCUAGUUAAAGCUAAGCUAUGAAGGCUUUAUUAUAAUUUAUUCUACCGCGAACUGCAGGAGUCGUGUAGGCUUGUAAACACUUUUAUCAUUGCUAAUUCACUUGCUAGACCCCUUAGACACAGACAGGCAAAGUUAAGAUCUAGACAAAAAAAUGUUACCUUGUAUAGUCAAACAAAGUAAUGAAUAUUUGUACAGAAUUAUGCCUUUCUGGAGGAGGUACUGUUUAUGUGUCUGAAUGGCUUGAGGUGCUCUCAGAAUGCAGGAAAAUGGCAGUUUGAGAGCACUAAAUUUCAGAUUUUCUUGGGGGAGCAUGCCCCCAAACCCCCUAGUUUAGUUGGUGCAAAUCACUCAUGUAAAAUCCUGGAUCCACCCCUGUAACCCAUUCGCCCCUGAACCACCUGUAACCGCCCGUGCAGAUCUAAGUCCUUUCUACCCUUUGACACCAUCAGUUUUAACGGUCAAGGACAACUUUCUUCGCUUACUUGUGCAGAGUGAAGAGAUCUUUCAAACCAUACCAGAAUGAGCACAAUUCAGUCAAGGACACCGGAGAAAGAAGCAAAAAACCACGUGACAUUGACCUGAAAAUCUCCAUGAAAAUCUUGUUCCAUUGCUCACCUACCUUUCCUUUCACCUAAUCCUAAGAUCCUAAAAGCUUUCCUAAAAACUCUUCCCACCAAAAUGAAGCCUGCUAAAUGCCCAGCAAGAGAAAAAAAAAUGGGGCAAGAAAAGCGAAAAAAGAAGGGAGGAGAGAAAGCAAAAAGUUAAAGUCAAGACUGCUGUGUCACUUUUAAACCCCAAAAAAUUUUGCUUUCUGCGCAUGCCCGAACUAUGCAAGCUGAUAUUUUGCAUCUGGAUCAGAAGGCCGCGAAGUGUAGGACCUGUAAACCGGUUUGUGGUAAGUUUUAGCUCUUUGUAGCACGACAGUGACCAGAAAACCACUGGACGACCUUCAAAACGCGUUUUUCGGCAAAAUCUCCAGGAGCGAAUGGGUUAAUAUUUUGGUUUAUUUCUCAUAACAAGCUAUGCUGAGCAGUUGCAAAUUUGAUGAUUCACGUCAUUCAUCACAAAAAAUGGAUUUGGCCAAUACUACAUCACUAUUUCAAUGUGAUACUCAAAGCGUGGUAACAAUAAUAUUUGAAUAAGGCUGAGUAUGCAUGAUGUGAAGAAUCAUGCAAUUAUAAUGUGCAAUGGACAGCCAACAAGAAGUGCAGGCUCAAAUUACAGUGACUGUAACCACUUUAUAUCCAACGGGUUCAAGUGGAAUAAGACCUUCUUUAAAACAAUAUGGGGGAAACAUUUCAUAUUAAACCCACUGAAUCCAGGGAAUUUUUGCCGUUCUGAAGCUAUUCGGUCCAUCUUCUGUUCACUGUCUGGCUAGAGAGAGAUAAACCUUACCACAAACCUGUUUGCAGGUCAUAUACUUUGCAGCCUUCUGACCCAGGUGCUGAAUAUAUAUCAGCUUGUGAAGUUCAAGCAUGUACAGAAAGCAAGAUUUUGAAAUAGGUUUUGGGUGUCACAAAAUUGUUUUGACUUUGACUUUUUCUUUUCUUAUCAGUGAUUUGGAAGUAGCUUAUUAGUAUCAACCACAUUGUAACACUAGUGCAUUGUAAAAAAUCUCUCAACAGAAGACUGGGAAGAUGAUCUCAGAGCACCCAAUACACCUGCGUCCCCUGAAAUUAGGAUGACUCUUGAAUUUGAACGCCAAGAUGGCGAGAUUUGCAAGCUCAACAUUUGUGAGGUAGCUUAUGCAAAUUGCCUUUUUAGGGUAGUUCAUCAUCAUGCACUACCCCCUUUUUAAGUCCUAUACAUAAUUAUUUCUGAUCUUUCAGAGCUGUGCUCUAGCAAUUCCCACUAGCCCUUGCAACUUUUUCUUUGAGAGCACGAAAAUUCAGGCUUUUGCCAUAACAUGUACGCUGAAACAUUAUUCAAAUCCAAGGGAAAUGGUACUAAAAAAAUUCAGGUUAGCAGGGGUGUUUGAGUCAUGUGAGUUUGAUUUACGGAGGUUCUACUGCACAUAUACCUUACUGGUACUGAUUUUUGCAGGUCUUAAAUUUAGCGUUUUUUUGUGAUUUUUAAAAAAUCAUGAAAAUUAAAGACUCAUGAAUAAAAAUUCUUGCAAAUUUAAACACGUGAAAUUCAAUAACCAUAAAGAAAAUUCAAAUCACAGAAAAAGUGAUAAACGUGGAAUAACGACAACAUAUACAGAAAGUGUAUCAGCUGGUACACAAGGUCCAUUUAUAAUGAUAUCCUCACCAACAGAAACCUUUUGAAAAAUUUGUUGUCAAAGUUUCCUGGAUAUUAUUUUAUUGUAACUUGCUUAGGGUGUUUUUGGUUAAGUGAUACACAAUUUACUUAAUGUUGUCUCCUUCAGGGAGAAGACCUCCGAAAAGUCAUCAGCAGUUUCGGCAAGGCUAAUGGUCUGGAUACCAGACUCCGAGAUGCUCUGCUGCAAAGAAUUUCAAAUGCUUUAGAAGGAAGAGCAUCGUGA